AUGCAGCACCCCAAUGUGAUUCUCAACCCCCUCUACGUGUGUGCCGAGUGCAACUUCACAACCAAAAAGUAUGACUCCUUGUCUGACCACAACUCCAAGUUCCAUCCUGGGGAAACUAACUUCAAGCUGAAGUUGAUCAAGCGCAAUAAUCAAACCGUCUUAGAGCAGUCCAUCGAAGCCACCAACCAUGUUGUAUCCAUCACCAACAGUGGCUCUGGAAGUGGUGACGGUGAUCCCGGGAUCCCAGUGAGUAAAACCCCCAUCAUGAAGCCUGGGAAACCUAAAGCGGAUGCCAAGAAGGGGCCCAAGAAGCCCGAGGAGGCCACCCCUGAGAACCACGUGGAAGGGACUGCUCGCCUGGUGACAGACACAGCUGAGAUCCUCUCGCGACUCGGGAGCGUGGAGCUCCUCCAAGACACAUUAGGACACGUCAUGCCUUCUGUACAGCUGCCACCAAAUAUCAACCUUGUCCCCAAGGUCCCUGUCCCACUAAAUACUACCAAAUACAACUCUGCCCUGGAUACAAAUGCCACCAUGAUCAACUCCUUCAACAAGUUCCCUUACCCGACCCAGGCUGAGUUGUCCUGGCUGACAGCUGCCUCCAAACACCCUGAGGAGCACAUCAGAAUCUGGUUUGCUACCCAGCGUUUAAAGCAUGGCAUCAGCUGGUCCCCCGAAGAGGUAGAGGAGGCCCGGAAGAAGAUGUUCAACGGCACCAUCCAGUCAGUGCCCCCGACGAUCACAGUGCUGCCCGCCCAGUUGACCCCCACAAAGAUGUCGCAGCCUAUCCUGCAGUCAGCUCUACCAUGCCAGAUUCUUGGCCAGACCAGCCUGGUGCUGACUCAGGUGACGAGCGCGUCAACAACCGUCUCCUGCUCCCCCAUCACACUCACUGUGGCUGGAGUGACCAACCACAGCCAGAAGAGACCUUUGACAACUCCCCAAGCUGCCCCUGAGCCCAAGCGUCCACACAUCGCUCAGGUGCCAGAACCUCCACCCAAGGUGGCCAACCCCCCACUCACCGCGGCCAACGAUCGCAAGAAGACGAAGGAGCAGAUAGCCCAUCUCAAGGCCAGCUUCCUGCAGAGCCAGUUCCCAGAUGACAAUGAGGUCUACCGACUCAUCGACGUGACUGGGCUCGCCAGGGGUGAGAUCAAGAAGUGGUUCAGUGACCACCGGUACCGGUGUCAGAGGGGCAUCGUCCACAUCACCAGCGAGUCCCUUGCCAAAGACCAGCUGGCCAUCGCAGCCUCCCGACUCGGUCGCUCAUACCAAGCAUACCCAGACUUUGUGCCCCAAAAGUUCAAAGAGAAAAACCAGGGCCAGGUGAAAGUCCUGGAAGACAGCUUUUUGAAGAGCUCUUUUCCAACCCAAGCAGAACUAGAUCGGCUAAGGGUGGAGACCAAGCUGAGCAGGAGAGAGAUCGACUCGUGGUUCUCAGAGCGGCGGAAGCUUCGGGACUCCAUGGAACAAGCUGUCUUGGAUUCCAUGGGGUCUGGCAAAAAAGGCCAAGAUGCGGCAACCCCCAACGGUGCUCUGCCUCGACUUGACCAGAUCUCCGGUGCCCAGUUAGCCAGUUCUUUGCCCAGUCCUUCACCAGCAAUUACGAAAAGUCAAGAACAGCUUCAUUUCCUGAGGCGCACCUUUGCAAGAACCCAGUGGCCUACUCCUCAGGAGUACGACCAGUUAGCAACCAAGACCGGCCUGGUCCGAACUGAGAUUGUGCGUUGGUUCAAGGAGAACAGAUGCCUGCUCAAAACUGGAACCUUAAAGUGGAUGGAGCAGUAUCAGCAGCAGCACAUAGCGGAUGACCACGGCUAUGACACCGUGGCAAGGAAAGCCUCAAAACCCGUCGCCGGGAGCCCAAAGAACGGAAGUGAGGUGGUUCAGCAAUAUUACAAGGACCCCAAAAAGCUCUGCGAAGAGGACUUGGAGAAGUUGGUACCCAGAUCAAAAGUGGGCAGUGAGCAAGCAAAAGAUUAUUUGCUAGCAAAGCCCUCAGAGGCCACCUCGGACAGGUCAGAGGGCAGCAGCCGGGAUGGCCAGGGCAGCGACGAGAACGAGGAGUCAGGCGUUGUGGAUUACGUGGAGGUGACCGUCGGAGAGGAGGACGCCAUCUCAGACAGGUCGGAUAGCUGGAGUCAGACGGCAGCAGAAGGUGCAAAUGAGCUGGCCGACUCCGACUCCGACAGUGUCCCUGCUGAGGCUGGCCCGGUGUAGACAGGGACGCCUGUCAGAACUGCUGUGCUGAUGAAGGGGACGCUCUGUCUUUGAAGAAAGAAGAGAAUUUUUCCCUCCUGGCCAUGGGCCGCCCUCGCCCGUGACCCCCAAGUGGACUGCCCACGCUCCUGCGUGCCUGGGUGGUGUAGCACCCCAGCCGCUCCCGCGCACUGCCCCGAGGACCGGCAGGAAUUGUUCAUAGUGCCAAAGUCCUACUACUGCGUCUUCAGUGGGUUCCUGUAAAUAGACUGCCCCUCUGCUCUGGCCCACACCUCUUGCUAUACUGGAAAAUUUGUACGAUGUGGGGAUUUUGUUACCUUUUUAAUCAAGGGCAACUCCCUUUCCCAGCACUAUCAUUGGAAGGUGUUUUCCGGAAGGGAGGGCUAAUCACAUUGCUUUUCUCUUUCUCUUUUUUUUUUAUUUGAUUAAUUUGGGGGAGGGGGUGUUAGUGCCAUUAUAUAUACUGGAUUUUAGGUGGGGAGAAUUUCUUUUUAAAGGUAGAUUGAAAUUUAGGAGAUUUCUCAACAGGCAGAGCUGAAAUUUGAGUUUUGUCUCCACUGGAGGAGAAUUUACAGAGGGCAGACCUUCCUGAUCAAAUCCGUUCCCAGUCCUUCGCCUGGCUGCCUUUGGGAGAGUCCCUGUCUUAGACUCACGCAAGGCUUUCCAAACUGCCAGGAGGCGGGUCUGACCUGUGUGGCCCAGCCAGCUCUGGGAGAGCUCAACAGCAGGGCGAGCAGCAUCAUCACACAAGCUUUUAAAAACCAGCAGAAAGGGCUCCCACGUUUGUUAGCAUUAUUGUUACUUUUGUGAUAAUAAAAAAAAAAAAAAAAGACAAAAAAAAAAAAAAGCUCUUCCUAUCUAGGUGGUACAAAGAUGAACAGUUUUGGUUUUCAUUUCUCUUCUUAACUGUCCUUUCUCGGUGUGGUAGUUGACAAAUUUAAGCUUGAUGCCUCACCGUGACUUGAUUUUUGUUUGUUUAUUUGUUUGUGUGUUUGUUUUGGGCCAAUUUUAGACACCUGAGUGCACUUUUUUCCCAGACAGUCCCUAACUUUGAAAGAAGGAAAGCCGAGAGACGUAUCUGGUGUAAAUGUUGCAAUACGAGUUGUGUUUUGCCAUCUCCCUCCCGGCCCCCGUUUGAGUACACUGCACAGAUAAAAUGCUAGGGAGUUUGAAUAAACCCGAUUUUUCUAACUUGUUGCUCAUUUGUUGUAACUCAAUAAAGCAAAGACUAAACAUUUUUAUAA